AUUUCAUCUUAGAUUAGAAAUAUGUACUUUUGAAAUGUUUAAACCAGAAAAUUCCUCUGAAUGCAUGGGUUAUGCUUGUGUGUAGUCUUUUACCUGAAAUCCAACAGGCCCUAAACCAAAAAACUAUUACACAUAAAUUAAAGCCUAUAAAUUGUUGUGAAAUCACAAAACAUCGCUGCAAAAUUGGUCUGAACAGAAUUUGAACUGAACUGCAAUGAUUCGAUCAUACAUAGAAGAAAUGAUCUUCCCACUUCUUUGCCGCGUGCGGGGGUACGCCCCUAUGCGCGAGAGAUAAAUGGUAAGAUCAUUCUGCGAGUGAGUUACAAGUUAAGGUUAUCCUUAGCUCGCACAUGACACGUUUUUACUCCACAGACAAGUUGAGGAUUCGUUUAGAGAACCACAAUCAUCUCUUCUCCUCAGACUCGUUUUUCCCCACACGUCCUCAGGUCCUCGCCUCCACCUUAACAUGUCCACGGGUUCCAUCAGCGACGUGGAUGAAUUUCAUGAGGCUGAGCUGCUGGAUGGUCUUUUGAAAUUCGGUUCCGGUAACGACCCUGGGACAUUAAACGAGAGCACGGAGGACAGCUCCAACUGCGAAGGAGCUUCUGUUACAGAACAUACCGGAACCACGGGAAAGCGGCGUAAAACAGCUGCCAUGCGAAAAUCGGCACCCAACGGUGUGGCCCAAGAGGGAAAGCAGGUCCAGAGGAACGCGGCAAACGCGCGCGAGAGAGCAAGGAUGCGCGUGUUGAGCAAAGCCUUCUCCCGGUUGAAGACGACGUUACCGUGGGUUCCACCGGACACCAAACUCUCCAAACUGGACACAUUGCGUCUGGCCUCUAGCUACAUCGCGCACCUGCGACAGAUCCUUGCCAAUGACAAAUACGAAAAUGGCUACAUCCAUCCUGUCAACCUGACGUGGCCGUUUAUGGUGGCGGGAAAACCGGAAAAUGAACUGAAAGAAAUGUUGAAUUCAACACGUUUAUGCGGCACUACAGCUUCCUGAAGCAUCAAAUGGAGCACAUGGACAAAACAUGGACCUAUUCUAACUAUUUUAAUUAAAGAAUAACCACGUCAUCUCCUAUCUAAAAACACACGAGUGGGAAUAACUGGGGGAAACAUCCUCACUCGCAUUCCUGUAAAGAAAAAAAAUGAUAUCUAUUUAAAUAUUCACGCAUAUGUGCCUUGCUGGUUCAAGGCAAUAAUGUGUGCUUUUAAUCAAAUGUUUGUUUUAUAUAUAGAUGCUGUCAUCACUUUUUUAUUAAAAGAAAAACGCGAAAAAUUAUUUUUUAAAUGUAAAAUGGCUUUGGUGAUGCGGAGUGAAGAUCACACGCCUUUGCAUUAGAAUAUUUGUAAAUAAAAAUAAAAAGUACUGAUUUUAUAGUUGUGAUACUAGCUGCCUUUAUGAACUUAUUGUGUUUUCAAAAGGGACGGAUAGUUGAUGUUUAUUCACUUUGCUUUGACCUGUAUGAACCUUGCUAUCGUUUUUGCCCACCUUUUUCUCUCAAGAUCUUUGAGGAGAGGACAUGUCACCCUGUCAUCGUGCCUGCAAGAGAUAACAUGAUUAAUUCCCUUAAUCGGAAGAAACGUAAACCUUCUCUUUAUCUUGAUAUAUCUGUCAUCAGAUAAGCAAGGCUUUACCACACUGGAAUUCAGAGAGAACGCUUUUAAUGAUAGGAAAACUUACUUUUGGUUCUUUCAAAGUCUUCUUCAACACACUUUAAUUCCCCUGACUCUGGGGUGGGGGGUACUUUUUUAAAGUAUUCAGGCCAGAGAAAUGUAUGAUGACGUGGUCGGUGUUUAAGGUCAGUUGUUUUUAGACCAGUAAAUCGCGCGGCUCUUAAUCUCGCGGAGGAGCCGUUGUUUAAUUUCGCGCGGGGUUGUGACCGUUCUGUUUAUAUCGCGCGGACAGAUAUUUAUGCGGCACUCCUCUGAGGGGCGCGAGAGUCUGAGUUACCCGGAGUUACAGAUGAUGGGACGCCCGAUGUCACAUCCACGCUGGGGCCUUAGUGCUUAGAAAAACACUGCCCCCGCGCACAUAACUGUAUUCCACAUUAAACUAGUCAUCACUGUUCUCACACAGAAUUACAGAAAUCCGCGCGGUGAGACAAAACGGUUUGAUGGCGCAAGACAAUAACAAGCCUGCCGCCAUCAUUCAUCACGCUCUGUUAUUGUAAGGAGAGGCUGAAGGGGUGAUGCGCGCGAGGCUGCGCGCGCUCACACAGUUGUGCAAUCUUUUGAUAAGACUUAAAGGAAUAUUCCGGGUUUAAUACAACUUAAGCUCAAUCGACAGCAUUUGUGGCGCCAUGUUGUUUACCACAAAAUGUAUUUCGACACGUCCCUCGUUUUCUUAAAAAUAUUUACAUAAAUAAAUAAAAAGCAAAAAGCUGGGUUACAGAGAGGCACUUACAAUAGAAGUGAAUGGGGCCAAUCCGUAAACAAUACAAUAGGCCUAAUCAUUGUUUUAAAAGUAUAGCCACAAAAUGUAAACUAUAUGUGUUUUAACAUGAUUUUAGUGUGAUAAAAUCGCUAUCUAAUCUUUUUCUAAGCCAUUACGAUGUAAGCAACACUAAAACGACCGUAAAAAUAUUAUUUAAACAACCUUAGGCCUACAGCUCAAAUAAUAGGCCUACACAAGUUUUAACCGAGCAAUUAAUGUGGGUGCUUUUUUUUUUUUUUUUCAAUUAUAAGCUUCACAUUUCUGUUUUAACUCUCCAAAAAUUGGCCCCAUUUACCUACUCACU